UCUCCAACGACUUCGCAGGCAACCAGGUUUUAGCGCCUUAUUUUCCCGUGGGCUAGCCUUUUUACGAGUCUACUUUCAAGUUUCAAAGCCGAAAAUUGUUGAGGGGUUGGGUCGUUCACAAAUAAGCCGAAAAUUCAACAUACUUGACACAAACUCAACUGCGAAGAACAACCCAUUAAAUUGUGCGCGUCGCCUUCUGAUAAACUAAACAUCUACCGAAAUUCACUAUGGAGGUACCGGUAGCCACCUCGCUAAAUGACAUAUACCCAAGUGAUGCCGUAGAGCCACAGACUGCGCGUUGGGAAAACCUGUUGGCCUCGUUCAAGAAGGAAUAUGGGCAUGCUGCAGACUUUGUAUCGCGAAGUCCUGGGAGAGUUAACUUGAUCGGUGAGCAUAUCGAUUACUCGCUGUACGAGGUCUUACCCAUGGCCGUUACGGUCGACAUCCUGCUCGCCGUCAAGGUCACGAGGACGGAAGGCGUGUCGAAGAUCGCCAUCGCGAACGUCAACGAAAAAUUUCCGAAGCGGGAGUUCGAGGUGCCGGCCGACGGCGACGUCGAGAUCGACGCUUCGUCGCUGGAAUGGAGCAACUACUUCAAGGCCGGCCUCAAGGGCGCCGCCGGCUUGCUCCGCAAGAAAUACGGGAGCUACGUGCCCGUCAAUCUGGAGAUACUGGCCGACGGUACCGUUCCUGCCGGAGGCGGCCUCUCUAGCAGUGCAGCGUUCUGCUGUGCAAGCACACUUGCUGUCCUCCGAGCCACGGGAGAGAAGACCAUUGGCAAGAAGGAGCUUACGGAGCUUGCCAUUGUGUCUGAGCGAGCAGUCGGUGUCAAUUCUGGCGGCAUGGACCAGUCUGCCUCUGUAUUCGGGCAGCGCGGAAGCGCUCUCUACGUCUCGUUCACACCAACGUUGAAAGCUACACCAGUCAGCUUUCCCGACGUGCAACCGGAGAUGACCUUCGUUGUUGCGCAGAGCUUCGUCCAGGCCGACAAGCACACGACCGGCCCGAUCCAUUACAACCUGCGCGUGGUAGAGUGCAGCCUUGCCGCCGUGGUCUUGGCCAAGAUCUUCCGCCUUGCAGACUUGCCGAAGGAUUCGUCACCCCUUGGCGUCAGCCUGCGAAGCUUUCAGGACGCCUUCUUCAAGCAGCGGGGCUCGAUCUCAGGCGAGUCCAAGGACGCGUCCGACUUUGCCGGUCAGCUCGAAGAUCUUUCAAGACUUGUCGAAGACUAUCUGCUACAGGAAGAAGGCUACACACGGGACCAGCUGGCUGAGAUUCUAGGCGUCCCUGUCGAGGAGAUUGAAGGGCGUUUCAUGUCCAAGUUUCCCGUGCGAGCUGAACGAUUCAUGCUGCGUCAACGAGCCUUGCAUGUAUUCCGAGAAGCGACUCGCGUCGCCAAAUUCAAAGCGCUACUGGACAACCCUCCAGCGGAGGGUUUGCUCAAGGAUCUGGGCGCUUUGAUGAACGAAACCCAGGACAGUUGCAGGGACAUUUACGACUGCAGCUGUCCUGAGCUCGAUGAAAUGUGCCGCCUCGCGCGCGCGGCAGGGAGCUACGGUUCACGUCUGACGGGUGCUGGCUGGGGAGGAUGCAGCGUUCAUCUGGUGCCCAAAGACAAGGUGGAAGCGGUUAAACAGGCUUGGAUUGAGAAGUACUACAAGAAAAGAUGGCCGGACAUCUCGGACGAGAAGCUGAAGGACGCAAUCGUAGUGAGCAAGCCAAGUAGCGGCAGCUUUCUGUUCCAGGUGACCGGAGAUAAAGUCGUGUGAGCAUUCGCUCCCAGGUGGAACAGGCAUGCCGAAAAAACGUGUCGAUAGUUACAAUUGACCACAACCCAGCUGUGCAGUCGAGUGUUCGUUGAAUGGAGAUGAGCAAUAAAAAAGUAUGAUAAAUACAUGCGCGCAAAACGUCUUG